UAUAGAUAAGCAGACGACUGACGAGUUACAAAUGUACGCGUGUCAUGUGUACCGUAUAGGUGAAGUAUCGUCAAGCCGGUAGGCAAAACUCACGAUGUUGAAAAUAAAUAGCAAAACAGGACUAAGUAGUUUAAUAAUUUUCACGGUACUUUUAUUAGCGUGGGUCGCCGGUUUCUCAUCUCGUUUAUUUGCGGUUAUUAGAUUUGAAAGUAUCAUUCAUGAAUUUGAUCCAUGGUUUAACUAUAGGGCCACCGCCUACAUGGUCGAGAAUGGUUUUUACCAAUUCUUGAACUGGUUUGAUGAAAGAGCAUGGUAUCCUUUGGGGAGGAUCGUCGGAGGUACCGUCUAUCCCGGUUUAAUGAUUACAUCGGGCAGCAUUCAUUAUGUUUUGCAUUUAUUAAAUAUCGAUGUACACAUACGUGAUGUAUGUGUGUUCCUAGCACCAAUAUUUAGCGGUUUGACUGCUAUCUCCACUUAUUUACUUACCAAAGAACUGUGGUCGGCGGGAGCAGGACUAUUUGCAGCAUGUUUCAUCGCUAUUGUGCCUGGAUAUAUCAGUCGUUCAGUGGCAGGUAGUUACGACAAUGAAGGAAUCGCAAUAUUUGCACUACAAUUUACGUAUUACUUAUGGGUAAAGUCUGUAAAAACCGGAUCAAUAUUUUGGUCAUGUAUGACCGCCCUGUCAUACUUCUACAUGGUAUCUGCGUGGGGUGGAUAUGUGUUCAUUAUCAACUUGAUACCUCUUCACGUCUUUGUCCUGUUGCUAAUGGGACGAUAUUCCAACAGGCUGUUCACAAGUUAUACGACUUUUUACAUUUUGGGUCUCUUGUUUUCGAUGCAAAUACCGUUUGUCGGCUUUCAGCCGAUACGGACUAGUGAGCAUAUGGCGGCAUCGGGUGUUUUUGCAUUGAUCAUUGCGGUGGCUGUUUUAAAGUACCUACAGAGUGUCUUGUCUAAAGCAGAAUUUAAAUCGUUAUUCAUAGUGGGUGCUUCAAUUUCUGCAGGCGUCGUGUUUCUGACAGUUGUGGUACUCACCUAUGCCGGAUACGUUGCACCUUGGAGUGGAAGAUUUUACUCUUUAUGGGAUACGGCAUAUGCCAAAAUUCACAUACCCAUCAUCGCUUCGGUUUCCGAACAUCAACCUACAACUUGGUUUUCGUUCUUUUUCGACUUACAUGUUCUGAUCACUACAUUCCCGGCAGGACUGUGGUACUGCAUAAAGAACAUCAACGAUGAGAGAGUCUUUGUUGUUUUGUAUGCACUUAGUGCAGUAUAUUUUGCCGGUGUAAUGGUACGAUUAAUGUUGACACUUACUCCGGUCGUUUGCAUGUUGAGCGGCAUUGCGUUUUCCGUACUGUUUGACCUGUUCCUUCGCGAAGAAGACACGCCUCGAUCAAGUGAAAGUGACGUUGAUGAUGAGCAGACUGUUAGCAGCAAUCGAAGACUGUAUGAUAAGGCCGGCCGUGUUCCAAAAAUGAAACACGAGCAAGUGAAGGAAUCUGAUGGAAUUGGUGCUAACUUACGAAGCAUUAUAAUAAUAGUGAUGUUAUUGUUGCUCAUGCUAUUUGCCGUUCAUUGCACGUGGGUAACAAGUAACGCGUAUUCUAGUCCAAGUAUUGUGUUAGCUUCAUACGGAAACGACGGUUCCAGACAGAUUUUAGAUGAUUUUCGCGAGGCCUACUAUUGGUUAUCUCAGAAUACGGCGGACGAUGCAACAGUAAUGAGCUGGUGGGAUUAUGGUUAUCAAAUUGCGGGAAUGGCUAAUCGCACAACGCUAGUCGAUAAUAAUACUUGGAACAAUAGUCACAUUGCGUUGGUUGGAAAGGCAAUGUCGUCGAACGAAAGUGCAGCUUACGAAAUUAUGACUUCGUUAGGUGUAGAUUACGUUCUUGUGAUAUUUGGUGGUGUCAUCGGUUAUUCAGGUGAUGACAUAAAUAAGUUCUUGUGGAUGGUUAGAAUUGCGGAAGGCGAACAUCCGAAAGAUAUACGAGAAGCCGACUACUUCACUGAACACGGAGAAUUUCGGGUUGACGCAGAAGGUUCACCGACAUUACUAAACUGUUUAAUGUAUAAAUUAAGUUACUAUCGUUUUGGAGAAGUCAGACUUGACUAUCGCAAUCCUGGAGGAUAUGACAGGACUAGAGGUGCCGUAAUUGGCAAUAAAGACAUUAACUUGACUUACUUGGAAGAAGCCUAUACAACAGAGCACUGGCUGGUACGAAUAUACAGAGUGAAGAAACCUGAUGAAUUUAAUCGACCUAAAAUACCAUUCUCUAAGAGAAUAGUGAAGACACAAAAUUUUGUAUCAAAAAAGAACACUAAACGCAGAAAGGGGACAUUAAAAAAUAAACCUGUAGUAAUAAAAGGGAAGAAACUUGCUACAAAACAGUCAUAGUGAAAAGACAGGUUGACCAAUAAUUAUAUUUAAAUACUGUUUUUACAAUUUGCCGUAUGUAUUUAAGUUGUUGUGUUUGUAAUAAAAUUUGUUAAACUUUAAUACAAAUCAUUACACUAUU